AUGAGUUGGUCGGAAAGGCAGAUAGCCAAGCCAGAGGUGACGGGAGAAAAGCAAGGCAAGGGCUUAGCCCGAGCACGGAAGACAAAGCAAAUCGAGAUGAAAAAAUCAAAGUAUAAAAUCGGAGCUUGGAUUGCACAUGAUGGCGGCGACACCGUUGGAGAAGGCACCGUUGGAGUUGGUGUAGCAUCAAUUUCGACAGUAGAGGACGACUGUAUGAGUAACACGGAAGUAGAUGUCAUUAAAUUAAGGCAUCAUAAGAAGGGACCGUGGUUGAGGAAGCGGCGGGCUGAAGAGGAGAAAGAGGAAGAUGCACCUCACUCGAGCGACUCGGUUAACUAA